GGCGGCGAGGGGAAGGCGGCACUCUGGGCACUGCCUUCGUGCAGAGCGCCCAAGAGGGUUUUGCAGCGGCCGAGGAGGGAUUGAGGUGGGCGCUGAGUUGUCCGGGGAAGGUGGGCAUUUCUCGGUUUUCCCACCCGCUCCUCUUACCUUCCCCCGUCCUUGCUCUCUCCCCUCCCGCUCUCCCCCUCCCUCCUGCCCCGCACCCCACGUGAAGAGGAGUAUAAAGGGGGGUGUGAGACUAGAGGGGAAAGUGAAUGGCGAAGGAUUGAAGGGGUCCCCUCCUCGGGUUCCCGGCCGCCCUGUUCACCCUCGUUCAUCCUCCCUUCCCGAAUCUCGCCCUCGAAGGCAGGAGCGGCCGGCGCCUUCUGCUGAGGACCAGGAGGAGAAGGAGGAAUCGCGCCGGGCGGAGCGUCAGGUCCCAUUUUUCUCCCCGGCGUCUUGAAUACAAAGAUUACGGUGCAGAAGGAAAUCGCACUCGCCUCCUCCGCCCCCCGGUACCCAACAAUGCACCAGCCGCCCGAGUCCACUGCCGCCGCCGCGGCCGCUGCAGAUAUUAGUGCUAGGAAGAUGGCGCACCCGGCAGUGUUCCCCAGAAGGGGCAGUGGUGGCGGCAGCGCCUCUGCUCUCAGUGCAGCGGGUACCGGCAUUGGCAGUAAUGCCACAGCUUCCGAGGAUUUUCCACCUCCGUCGCUGCUCCAGCAGCCACCUCCUGCAGCAUCUUCCACGUCGGGACCACAGCCUCCGCCUCCACAAAGCCUGAACCUUCUUUCGCAGGCUCAGCUGCAGGCACAGCCUCUUGCGCCAGGCGGAACUCAAAUGAAAAAGAAAAGUGGCUUCCAGAUAACUAGCGUUACGCCGGCCCAGGUGUCUGCCAGCAUCAGCUCUAACAACAGUAUAGCAGAGGACACUGAGAGCUAUGACGACCUGGAUGAGUCUCACACGGAAGAUCUAUCGUCUUCUGAGAUCCUUGAUGUGUCACUCUCCAGGGCUACUGACUUAGGGGAGCCUGAACGUAGCUCUUCGGAAGAGACGCUAAAUAACUUCCAGGAAGCUGAGACACCUGGGGCAGUCUCUCCCAACCAGCCCCACCUUCCUCAGCCUCAUUUGCCUCACCUUCCACAGCAGAAUGUUGUGAUCAAUGGAAAUGCUCAUGCACACCACCUCCAUCACCACCAUCACAUCCAUCAUGGGCACCACCUCCAUCACGGGCACCACCAUCCAUCCCAUACUGCUGUGGCCAGUACACCCAUUCCUGGAGCGCCACCCUCAAGCCCAGUAACCAGAAAACUCUCUACAACUGGAAGCUCUGACAGUGGUACACCAGCUGCAUCAUCUUCUGCUGUAUCAUCGGGUGGCUCACCUGCAUCUAUAAUGACUAAUGUCAGUGCCCCGAGUACUACUGGCAGUAUAGGUAUAAAUUCUGUUACUGGCACUAAUACAGUGAAUAAUGUUAACAUUACUGCUGUGGGUAGUUUUAGUCCUAAUGUGACCAGCAGCAUACUUGGUAAUGCUAAUAUACAUGCAAGCAAUAUUCCUAGUGCUGCUAGUGUGAGUGUUGGGCCUGGAGUUAGCAGCGGUGUUAAUGUGAGUAUCUUGAGUGGCAUGGGCAAUGGUACUAUUUCUUCCUCCGCUGUUAACAGUGUUCUUAAUGCAGCUGCAGGAAUGUCUGUGGGAUCCGUGUCAAGUCAGCAGCAACAGCCCACAGUUAACACGUCAAGGUUCAGAGUUGUGAAGUUAGAUUCUAGUUCUGAACCCUUUAAAAAAGGUAGAUGGACUUGCACUGAGUUCUAUGAAAAAGAAAAUGUUGUACCUGCUGCAGAAGGUGUGGCGAUAAAUAAAGCAGUGGAAACUGUAAAACAAAACCCAGCAGAAGUGACUUCUGAGAGGGAGAGCACCAGCGGGAGUUCAGUGAGCAGUAGUGUCAGCACACUGAGUCACUACACAGAGAGUGUGGGAAGUGGAGAGAUGGGAGCCCCUGCUGUGGUGGUGCAGCAGCCACCGGCUCUUCACGGUGUGGCCCUUCAGCAGAUGGACUUCAGUAGCACUGGUCCACAGAGUAUGUCAGCAGUUAGUAUACCACAGAGUAUUUCUCAGUCACAGAUCUCACAAGUACAAUUACCGUCUCAAGAACUGAGCUAUCAGCAAAAGCAAGGUCUUCAACCAGUACCUCUGCAAGCCACUAUCAAUGCUGCAACUGGUAUCCAGCCAUCACCUGUUAAUGUGGUUGGUGUAACUUCAGCUUUAGGUCAGCAGCCUUCCAUUUCCAGUUUGGCUCAACCCCAGCUGCCAUAUUCUCAGAUGUCUCCUCCAGUGCAAGCUCCCCUUCCAGGGGCACCACCCCAGCAGUUACACUACGGACAGCAACCGACUGUUUCUACACAGAUGGCCCCAGGCCACGGCAAAUCAGUGAGUCAGAAUCCUCCUUCAGAGUACAUACAGCAGCUGCCAAUUCUUCAAACAGCAGUGUCCUCUGGACAGCCCAGUUCUGCAGGAGUGGGAGCAGGAACAACGGUGAUUCCUAUAGCUCAGCCACAGAGUAUCCAGCUGCCAGUGCAGCCCACAGCUGUCCAAGCACAACCUGUAGGGGCAACUGGCCAGCCUGUUGGCCAGGCUCAAAUAGCCGUAUCAGCAGUACCUAGUGGCAGUCAAGUUGCAAAUAUUGGUCAACAAGCAAACAUACCUACUGCAGUGCAGCAGCCCUCUACCCAAGUCACACCUUCAGUUAUUCAGCAAGGUGCUCCUCCAUCUUCACAGAUAGUUCCACCUGUUCAAACUGUGAUUACUCAUCAGGGAGUUCAAACUAGUGCUUCAAGCCUUCCUCAACAAUUGGUCAUGGCACCCCAAAGUACAUUGUUAACUGUACCUCCCCAGCCACAAGGAGCAGAAUCAGUAGCUCAAGUUGUUUCACAGCAGUUGCCUGCAGUUAGUCCUUUGCCUUCUGCUAGUAGUAUUUCUGUUACCAAUCAAGUUAGUUCAGCUGGUCCUUCUGGAAUGCCUUCUGUCCCAACAAACUUGGUUCCACCACAGAAUAUAGCACAAACCCCUGCCACUCAAAACACUAAUUUGGUUCAAAGUGUUAGUCAACCUCCCUUGUUAGCAACUAAUAUAAAUUUGCCUUUGGCACAACAGAUACCACAAAGUUCCACCCAGUUCUCUGCACAAUCAUUAUCUCAGGCUAUUGGAAGCCAAAUCGAAGAUGCCAGGCACCCAGCGGAACCCUCCUUAGUUGGCUUACCUCAGCCUAUCAGUGGUGACAGUGGGGGAAUGUCAGCAGUUUCAGAUGGGAGUAGCAGCAGCCUAGCAGCCUCUGCUGCUCUUUUCCCGUUGAAGGUGCUCCCGCUGACGACACCCCUGGUGGAUGGCGAAGAUGAGAGUGCUUCUCUCCUACCAGAGGUGCAAGGAGUGAUCCUAGAACCACAGAUACAGCCAAGACCACGGAGAGCUUUUGACGUCAGGGGUCCACUUUCUCCACUGAACCCUUGGAGGCAGAAUAUCCAGCUUCUGGAGAGAGUGGGAAAGGAUAAUAAACAAGUGGGUGCUUUCCAUUAUUUACUUGGGUUUAUUUAUAGAUUGGAAUGUCCUUCCAUUGCCCAUUGAAUUUUAUUGGUAAACUCCUUAGGUUCAUGUAAGAACCAAGUGGGGCUGUUUGUUUUCUCUAAGAAUGCUAACUAGUGCCCAUUCAAAAAAGAGACCUAAAAUAAUUUUCCUUCCAUAUAAUUAAAGCAGUAGAUGAUUUCGGGUACUUGAUUUGGUGAAUGCCUGUGUAGUUCACAGGUUAAAAAAGGGAAUAUUUGUCCAUUUUAGUCUUACCUUAAAUGGUAUCAGUGGACACCUAAGUACUAUUUUAUAUUUCAGUAAUGAAGUUUCUGUAUUUCAUCUUUGGGCAAGUUGGACAUCUGAAUUCUAAUUUACACAGCCUGAUGUCCAUUUGUGUGUGUUAUCCUACCCUGUUAGUAAGAUAUUUUUUGUCUUUUUCCUACCUCAGACUUUAGGACUUCAUAUUAAUUAGAUCGUUUAGAAGAUGGAAUGAGAGUACUGUUAUGGUUUUACUGUCAAAUCUAGGCUUCAUUUUUUAAUAAGAUAAAUAUGAAUGAAUAUAAGUUUCAGGAUAUAAUAUCCCUGAAAGUUAUGUUAAAUAUAUUCCCAAAUAGUUUUCUAAUCCCUAGCAAUUGUUACCUGUGGCAAAAGAGCCUUGUCCUAGAUUUUCCCCAUGGCAUUAAGAUGGUUUUCUCUUAGUUUCUUUGAUGCCAAGGGUAGGAUUUGAUUCCAGGAAGUUCUCAUCGUCUAUAAUGGGUAGAAUGUGAACUUGGUGCCUUUGGCAAGUUUUCAUUUUUCCUUGGUGGAUUCCUUCUAUGACUCCAGGUAUCUUGAUAAUGGGAGACUGGUUUAUUUGUUCUCUAAUUGCCCAGAUUUCUUUCAACUGGUAAACAUCAUACUUCUUCAGCAAAAGGAACUCUUCUAACAGAGUCUUCAUGGAUGAUAUCUGUCCCACAUGCAGCACCUGCAGUUUGGAAGGCAGUGGUGAAUGGAGCCAUGCAAUGUAUCUAGAAGACACAAGGAUGAGAGAGCCACCUGAUCUUGUCAUUUACAAACUUUCAGAUUUACUCUGGCAUACUCUUGGUCUGGAAAUGGAAAGGCUCAAAUAAUGAAAUAAUUUAUUCAGAUGGGAAUUUUAUAUGGCCAUGAAAUAUUCCUUUCUAUUCAGAAGACUGAAAUAGAGAAGCUUGAGAGACUCCCUUCUUUAAAAAAGCAGCUCUCUGUAUGUUUCACUUAAAAGAGAUUUGUGGGAUUGAAAAUCACCUAAAUGAAACAGGCAAAUUUUUUUCAUAGUAUAUAGGAGAUCCAAAAAACUUAAUGAAACUUUUUUAUUCCGAAUUAUUUUUAAUAAUAGGAUACACUCUUUGAGCUUAUCUUUUUUGGUCUUGAACCUUAUUCUUAUUUGUCAAAUCAACAAAUUCUAGUAUAGAAAUAGAAGAAACAUCUUUUGAGAUCAAAGCAGAUUUUGUUGGUCUUGUAAAGUAGUAAAUACCUGUUAAAGUUGAGUUAUUGUUCUGCAUUGAAGGCAUACUAAAAUUUGAAUGAUUCUAAAACAGGUAUUUUAUCGAGCAAAGACAAUUAGUAUUAGGAUAAGACUAUAUGUGAAUUAGUGUUACAAAAUAAUUAUCCAAACUACCAUUUAAUAGAAGUAGUUAAUCAAAAUGUUUCUCUCUUGGUAUCAAUAAACUGGUCAGUCAAAAGCUAUUAAAGAGGUUUUUAAAGUUACCUGAUGCUGCCAGUUUGUUUUAUUUGGUAUACAUUUUAAGAAGAGAAAUCCUAGAGUUAAUAUGGAGGCACAUAAAAUGUUUAAUAAACCUUUAAAGGUUUUAGAAACCACAGUUGCUAAAUUAUAACCUGGCCUUUAGACUUUCUUGGCUAUCUAUUGAGACCUAUUUUUUCCUCUAAUUAGAAAUAAAAUUUUGUAUGUAUGGAACUUUAAAAGUAACUUUAAAAGAUCAAUGUGAACUAAAAUUUCUCUAGAGACCUUUGAAUUCCCAUAAAUGAUUACAACUUUUUAUGCUUGAUUUGUUUUUGUUAAAUGUUAGUAAGAUAGUUUUUAUAAAUGCAUAUAAAUUACCAAAUAACUAAGAAAGAACUCAGAGGAACUGAAAGUGAAAUUUGUUUGGAAAUUAAGUUAGUUGAACUCUGAACCAUGGUACAAAGCAGUUUAUGGCCUGUGAGAUUAUUAGCCUUUUAUUUCUGCUUUGAAGAUAAAAAGUGAUUUAAUCCCUUAAUCUCCUGCUUUGAUUAAAUUUUAGCUCUGUUCCUUAAAGUGUGCAAAAGAAAUGUAAGUGCAUUUCUAUUCACUUCAUGCCACUAAAAGCUAUUUAACAGUGAAACUUCUUGUAUAUUUGUGUGAACUGAUUUGUUUAUUUAAGCUCUUAUUUGAUACAUUUUCCUUUCAGAUUUUAAUAUUUUGUGUCACAAUAUGCAAUCCUAUAUUUUUCAGUGUUUAUUUUCUGGCUAUUAAUAUAAGCUUUUUUUCUAGAAUGAUUAAUUAUGUAAUAUUUGUAUUAUGUGAUCAUUUGAAACUAAUAAAUAUUUUCUCCAUGAAAAAAAAUGCACUUACUGAUAAAUGGCUUAUUUUUGUUUCAGGAGUAGAAAAUGAAAACUACAACAAUAUUUUUAAGUGUAUUUUAAUUUUAUGUGUCUUCCUCUAAUUAAUUUAUGAAUAUAUAUCCUAUCUUUGUAUAUGUUAAUCUUUUUUAGAAAAAAAAUUUUGAACUAUUAAAAUGAUUCUUCAUUGGGUCACCCAGUGCCAAAUGUAUGAAGUAGGUGAUCUAUUUAGUCAAUUUUUGCAUUUUCCUGAUUAUACUUCAGUUUACCUUUGUUUCUAGACUUGACCUUUUUUGUAGGUGCCAUUUUUGUAUGUCAGUUUUUCCCAAACCAUUAAAAGUCAUGAGUUAAUAUUGUAAAUAUCAGGAGUAUUGUGGUCAAAUCUUUUAAAAUGAGGUUGAUCAAAAUAUAACCCCCUAUAAAACAGCAUACAAAAAACAGUUCCUCUAACCAGAAAAAGGAUAUUUGAAAGUAAUGGGUGAUUGGAGGACUACCUAAUUCAUAGGAGCUGUUAACAGGAGAGGAAAAAUGUUUUUAUAUUUUAGUGUUCUCCUUGAAUAAAUAAUUUUAGGAGAAAUCUUGACUUCAGAGUCUCUUUUAACCUUAUCAAAACAACAUGGACAAGGAGAAGAUUUGGUUUUAAUGAUUCUUUAUAGCUACAUAAAUUUAAUUGAAUUGAACUACUGUAACAACAUACCUUUUCUAUUAUGCAGAGUUCACUAAAAGCAAGAGGAUUUAUUUCCCUUUUGAUUUGAAGAAAACUUAAUAAGUAGACUCCAAAAAUUAAGCAUUAUGACAGGGUUCUAGGCAAGAAAUAAAAGGUCAAUUAAUGACAACUUGUGGAUUAAAAUGAAAUAAUUUGGCCUCCCCAAGAAAUUAUACUCUGAGAAAAAUAAUUAUAAAAGGUAAUUAUGAUUUAGAAUAGCUGCUGUAUUUGGGUGAUGGGAAAGGAAGUUAAAAUUCUUGGGUUUCUUAGUUUGGUGAGUUUUGGAAAAAGAUGAGAAAAGAUUCUGUGGAUAAAGUUUUUUUAGAAACAAAGCUGUUAAAAGACUUACGGACACAAUAUAUUUCAGUGGAAGACUAUUUUUUUACUUGAAUACAAAAAGUUUUAUGUCUUAAUUUUAUGUGUAUAAAAGGGUGGGAUGUGGGGGAUUAAAUAAAAGUCCUAUUCCAGAAGCUUCAAUCAUACUGUAGAAAUAAUGGUGAAAUGAGUUUCAAAUUAAUUUUUUAUUACAUGGGCUCUUCUCUACACUGUCAAUAAUUUCAAAAUAAAAGUAUACGGAAUGUUAAACAUGGCUUACAUUUAUAUCCUUGAGGUAUAAGAACAUAAGGCUUAUUAUUUCACCGGCAUCAUUGAAUUAACUACAGUAUAAAAUUUUGUUUUAUUUGUUCUUUAAUAAGGAAACAGGUUUUUUUUUUAAUAGCUUCUGUUUAAAAAAGUAAAUGUCACAUAAGUGUGACUGGCAAAGUACUGACCAUUUUAGCUUAUUGUAAAUAUUUACACAGAUCUUAUUUUAUCUUGCUGUGUUGAAACAAUUGAGCAAAAUGUCAGUGCUUAGAUGUCCUAAGCAAUUUCUUGUGUUCUUUUUAUUCAGGUAUUUUUCUCAUUAAAAAGAUUUCACAUUAACUUAGUCCUCAAAUGUGAAAGAUUUGUGUUUCCAAAAAUAAGCACAUAUGUGCUCUUAAGUUUUUUUCCAUUAAUGUGUACAUAAUUAGAUUACUUCAGUAAAAAUGUUAGGGAACUUUGAAGUAUGCAUCGGAGUUGCAGGAAUUACAGUCAAAGGGAUCUCUACUCAAGAGGUAAGAUACGGCAUAGGUAGAAAAAUGUUCAAAUGUGUUCAAU